GUCGUCGUCUCGGAGAGUGAGAUCGAGUCGUAGAAACGGGAGAAGCCGAGAGAGACCGUCGCACGCGUCUAUCGUCCUGCGAAUAGGGUGUUCCGUGCGACACUGAUGAUACAAUUCAUAGGUUCUAGAUUCUACCGUAGAUUCCAAAAAAAAAUGGCUCGUGGACAGCAAAAAAUACAAUCUCAAGCCAAAGCUGCGGAGAAAGCUGCAAAAGUAAAGAAACAACAAGGACACAGUGCCAAUGAUCAGAAAAAGGCAGCACAGAAAGCGCUUGUACACGUGUGUACUGUGUGCAAGGCCCAAAUGCCAGACCCCAAGACCUACAAGCAACACUUUGAGAAUAAACAUCCCAAGAACGAGCUGCCAGAUGAUUUAAAGAAUAUAUGAGGGUACGAACUUUUGUGAAGUGGACCGGGCAGAGCGCAGAGAAAAAUUGCUGCAACUGACAAAGUGAUAUAGUUCAACAUUCACCUGAUCAUUGCAUAGUUUCAGAAAAUAAAUUAAAACCUUGUUAGUGUUUUAACUGAUCUAUCGCGCACUUAAGGAGACAAAUUGUUGUGUGCACAACUCAGAAUAUUAGACGUAAUUGAAUAAUUUGCUUAUGGAAAAACCUUGAUUUGUAAGGGAAAAGGCUAACCACUUUCCGCAUGAACCAUAUAGUCAAUACUUUUCACAUAAGCAUAAUUAUUACAUCUGAAUCUGUGUAUGUUUCUAAAUAAAGUUCAUAAACUUGAUAGCGCAGUUCUGAGGGAGUGUAUUUCGAUGUAAGGGGUAAUGCAGUAGCAUUCUUGUUUAUGUUACAACGAGAGAGAAUAUAUAGAGUGAUAUACAUAUAAGUGAGUCGCACACGCGAAUUCGAUUGGAUGCGCCGAAGUGCUGUUACGGCGCGAUUUUAAGGACUAUCGUAUAAGAGAAAGUUAUUCGAUUAACACGAAUAGUGAAUGCAAGUGCAUAUAAUAUAUAUAUAGUACAUGAACAAUUUUUAGAUUGACAAAAUGCCGAACGCUCAUUCUGCCGAGUAGCGUUUGUAAUUGUUGCGCCAAGUGUCGCACUAACUCCUCUAUUGUUCCAUUAUUUAUGCACAUUAUGUAUCCGCUUUUACAUCAGUCUGUACACCGCGGUCUCUAGUGCGGAUCAACACGUAUCCAGCCGAAUUCGCUGUAACGAUGGUGAACAACUUGAAAUUCAUUUUCUUGCGUGUUAGAUAAGAGCAUUCUUCACAACUUGUUACACACGAGAAGAUUCUCAUCGCGUUUCGCACACGGAGGACGUUCCCUUGUUACGAAUCUUAGUUCCUCAUUGUGAAUUAUGAGGAGAACGAUGCGUUUCGCUACACUCGCACACUUUGUUGCAUUUAAUACUAAAUGUUUACGUGCUGCGUCAUACGUGCCCUUCUUGACAGAAGCAGUUCUGGAAAAUUUACCAAGUUGAAUAACGCAGAAUCUUUAACUACUAAUAACUGCCAAUUUAUAUAGUUGAGUGUGUAUCGUAUGUAAUCUCUAAAAUUAAGAAUACUGUAUAGACAAAAAGCGCGGAGAACGUUAUAUAUAUACAUAUAUAAAUAUAUAUAUAUACACACACACACACACGUACAGCCUUUAUACAGACUCGGUUUCUCCACUUUCCCCGCUUGCAAACGUGCAUCGCAAUUAUUCAUUUCCGUUGUGCUGAGCUAUCUGUAACUUGACUUGAUACGAGAGGACUAAUGAUUAAGACGGCACAUUCUUUUUUAUGUUUAUAAAAAAAAUAUACAUAGUACUUAAAUUACCGAGCUGAGAAUAAUUGAUUCAUACGGCAUUGUUGUAUGUUUAUAUAACUGUAAAGAUAUGAAAACGAUAGUAUUUGUAUAGUAUUACAUUGGCUUUUCAAUAGAGAAUCCAUUAUUCUCGAUAUGUAAUAUUACGGACCUUCCGAGAGAUUUAAGGGGGCAUGCUUUAAUAGUUUCUUAUAAAGCGUUCGUUACGAAGGAACUCGCAUCGAUAUCUUAAACCGGCAUCCGCAAAUAGAUGAAUUUACAAGGAAUUCUUAUAGCGAUUCUAAAUUAAGUGUUAAUUAUUUGAAAUCUGUAUUUUUCGUUUUGCUGUAAUAAUUACAAUAUUUAUCGUUGCAUUCGCUCUACGAUAUUGUCUCAUUUACGGCUAAGAAUCCCUACCCCGUAUUUCCGGCGUGUGUAUAAGGGCAUAUCCCAGCGAGUUUUUAAUAAACAUCAGCCUGAAAAUUA